AUGUCUUGUGAGUCAGACGUCAUGCCACCUGUGUUGGCUAGUGAAGAAUACUACGAUCUCGGCUCGUUCGGUCGGAAGAUCACCACCUCCAACCCGGAUUCUCAGACCUGGUUCAAUCGUGGCCUCAGUUGGGUUUAUGCCUUCAAUCACAUGGAGGGCGCCUACUGCUUUGAACAAGCUAUCGCUCAUGAUCCUUCAUGCGCCAUAGCAUAUUGGGGGCUGGCGUAUGCGGUGGGUCCCAACUAUAACAAACCAUGGGAGCGUUUUGAUGGAGAAGACUUGAAGGCAUGCAUGAAACGGGGAUACGAGGCAUCACGCAAGGCUAAGAAACAUGCGAAAGACGCGACUCCAAUCGAGCAAGGGUUGAUCGAAGCCAUCCAAUCGCGAUUUCAGAGUGCCUCUCCACCCAAUGCUGCGGAGCAGUUGGCAGUGAAUCAUGGGUAUGCGACGGCGAUGGAGCCUGUGUAUCGAGCCUUUGGCGAUGAUCUGGAUGUUGCAGUCCUCUACGCAGAUGCGUUGAUGAAUCAGACCCCCUGGGCGCUCUGGGAUCUGUUUACCGGCGAACCAAAUCCCAAAGCGGCCACGAUGGAGGUCAAGGAGGUACUGGAACGCGCUCUGGCUCAAAAAGGGCCCGACGAGCAUCCAGGACUGCUGCACCUCUACAUUCACUAUAUUGAAAUGUCACCUAAUCCCGAAUUAGGUGUCAAUGUCGCCGACCAGCUGCGAGACUUGAUGCCCGAUGCAGGCCAUAUCCACCACAUGCCUACUCAUCUCGACAUUCUGAUCGGUGAUUGGCGUCGUUCGAUUGACUCUAAUUACAAGGCUACCCUCGCUGAUGACAAGUAUGUGCGUCGUACAGGUCCAUACAACUUCUACACGUUCUAUCGACUUCACGACUACCAUUCCCUCAUCUAUGCCGCCAUGUUUGCCGGGAAACUCAAGACAGCUCUGGAUGCGGUUGCUCGGAUGGAGGCUUCAGUCCCUGAAGAUGUCCUACGGAUUCAAUCCCCGCCCAUGGCUGAUUGGUUAGAGAACUUCAUGUCAGCUCGCUUACAUGUCAUGGUGCGCUUCGGAAUGUGGGAGGAGCUGAAACAAAUGGAACUACCAAAUGACUCUAAACUGUACAGAGUUACGACCGCAACUGCACAUUACGCCAAGGGAGUUGCCUAUGCGGCUACCGGGGAUGUAGAUGGAGCCCUAAGGCAACGAGAGUUCUUCCAGCAGACGCGUGAACUUGUCCCAGAGACCCGUCGUGCCUACAACAGCAAGUGUACUCAGACUCUGGCCGUGGCCGCGGCCAUGCUGGAUGGAGAAAUCGAGUAUCGCCGCCAGAACUACGCAGAGGCAUUUGAGCAUCUGCGCAAGUCCAUCGACCUUGAUGACAAGCUCCCAUACAGUGAACCAUGGUCGUGGAUGCAACCCACUCGACAUGCCUACGCGGCCCUUCUUCUGGAACAAGGCCAUCUCGAGGAAGCGGCCAACGUGUAUCGCGCCGACCUUGGACUCGAUGACACACUGAUUCGUCCCCGCCGUCAUCCGAACAAUGUUUGGUCGCUCCAAGGGUAUCAUGAGUGCUUGACGCGGUUGGGAAGAACGGAGGAAGCGGCUGUCGUCGAGCCUGCAGUAAAGCUGGCGCUCGCUGUAGCAGAUAUUUCCAUCAAAGCUUCGUGUUUUUGCCGACUGGAUACGUCUCAAGCGCCGCGUGUCAUCAAGGGCUGUAGUUCAAAUGGGAAUUGCCACUAA